AUGUCUGAGGACAAAAACCUCAAGCGCAAAAUGAUGGAGGACCCUGUGCAAGAGUCGAAAUCGGAGAAGGAGCCAAAGACAACACCACCAACCUCUGGAUCGGAUGGUGGUGAUUUCUUGACCUUGAGGCUUGGCGGUGGCACAAAUCCCACUUCCAAACCCUUGGAGAAGGGUGAGCAUUCAGGUUCAUCUCAAAAUGCUAAUGUUGAACCUCCACCUGCGCCGCAAGUGAAGGAAUUCUCUUGUACUUAUUGUGACAAGAAAUUCCCCACUUCUCAAGCGCUUGGAGGACACCAAAACGCUCAUAAGCGUGAGCGUGUCUUCAAAAAAAUGGAAGAACAAAGGAGAGAGGAUGUAAUCGAUUCAGCCCUAAGGUAUCAAUCUAAUAUCCUUCCAUACCCUUAUCAAUUUUCAAGCUCUCCACACUACCAAGGGUAUUCAUACUUCCGUGGUGCUAACCUAUCCAACUCAAUUGGUGGCCAUGUGAAUAAUUCAUUGCCUUCUUGGCUUGGUGGUGGUUCAUCUUCUGGUGGCUAUGGAGGGAUGUAUAUGCCAAAUACACCUCCUGCAUCACGAUUUGUGAUGCCAUUGUCAAAUUCAUCCCUUGCAACACCACAAUUUGGGAUGAAUAAUUUAUGGGGUGGAGGUCAAAAUGCUGCUGCAUUACCAACUCCACAAAGAUCAAACGCUGUGGGUUUGGCACUUUUAGCUCAAGCUAAUCAAACCCCUCCUCCAUCUUCUGAGGGUGUAGAAAGAAAUUUCAUUGAUCAAAUUCCUUCUCAUGAUCCUAUUGAAGAUGAAGAUGAAGAUGACAUAAAUGAGGCAAAUCCCAAUGAGGAGGAACUGAACUUGGAACUCACCCUUUAA